AUUGAUUAUUGAUCAUUGUGGGUGUUUAUGAAAACCUCUGUUUUUAAUUCUUUAGAAUUCAAGAUUUGGAUUUUCUUGUUGUACCUGUUAAUUGUUUUUUCUUUUUCUUGUUUUUGACUAUUCAGAUCAAGGCUUAAAUUCUGGACUAGUGUUUUGUAAAGCACUUCAUUUGUCUUGUCAGCUGGAACAUUCAUUCCCUUUUUGCAGAAUGAAAAAACAUUAAAUUCAUAUGAUUGCAUCAAGAAGAGAAAAAAAAAAUUAAAAAAUUUUGGUGGUUAAUUAGGAAGAGAAGAUGAUUUUUGCAAAGAUAUUAGAAUCAGAAAAGAGAAAUGUAAUUGUGGGAAUUCGAUUUGAUGGACAUAUUAGAGAGUUGUUGAAUUGGGCUAUUGUAAAAGUUGCAGAACCUGGAAAUAGAGUUAUUGCUCUACAUGUUUGUCGAAAUGCCGAAUCCAUUGCAAACGUUAAAUCGUCGUUGGACACUUAUCUUUAUGAUUACGAUGGAUUGUGUAAUAAAAAGCAGGUUGAUCUUAUUUCUGUGGUGACAGAAGGAAGUUCUAUUAGAAGAGUUUUGGUGAGGGAAGCAAAGAAUUAUGCUGCAUUAGCUGUAAUAGUAGGAACUUGCAAGCAUAGUACUCUUGGGGGCUGGACCUCAAUUGCUAAAUAUUGUGCGAAGAAGCUGCCUACCACUACUGAAGUUAUGGCAAUUGACAAUGGGAAAGUUUUGUUUAGAAGAACCUCUACUUCCCAACUCAAAGGUUCUUUUAGUGAUCCAAAACCAAGUCUUUAUCUAGAAAGAAUUUCUACUUUAAAGGAUUGCGAGUCUGAAUUUGGUGAAUCUGAGAUAUCGGAAUUUGGAAGGUUCAGUUGUGAAGUGACUAGAACUUUGGAGAGAUGGACAAAUGGUACACAGAACAUAAAAGAGGAAAAUACAAGUCCUUCAGGAAAACACAAGAAAGGUUCUCUUUCACUAGGUUCAGUUUCUCUUCCUACCGAAGAUUGUGCUGCUGCUACUACUACUCCUGGUUGGCCCCUUUUACAAACGACGAGCUCAUUGAAUGAACCUGUUAAAGUAAAAAGAAAGAUGUCGGUAGUGCAGUGGGUGAUGACCUUGCCAAAUAGAUCGAUGUUAGAUAGUCCUAAAUCAAAUUCUUCUCCGAAAGAGAACAAAAAUUCUUUUGGAAUGGAAAAUAGUUACUCCCUCAUGGAUUUUAUCGAAAAGGAAAGUGCAUCAGUUGGUAGCCAGCUGAUAAAAGAUUAUUUUGGCUGCAAAUGGUUUAGCUAUGAUGUUUUAAGAUCAUCCACUUCUAACUUCUCCUCGGAGAAGUUGAUCGGUAAAGGAGGGGAAAACAGUGUAUACAAAGCGGUCCUUUCUGAUGGAAAAUCAGUGGCGGUGAAGGUUUUGAGUUCAUCAGAGGAAGCAAGGAAGAAUUUCAGGCAGGAAAUGGACAUUAUGACCAGAGUGGAGCACAAGAAUAUAGCUCAUCUCCUUGGAAUUUGCAUAGAGGAUCCUGAUCUGAUAUCUGUUUAUGAUUUUCAUUCAAAAGGGAAUUUGGAAGAAAAUAUACAUGGAAGAACCAAAUCAGUAUUGCCAUGGGAAAGAAGAUUCAAAAUAGCCGUUGGAAUCGCAGAAGCUUUAAAUUACCUACACAAUGAAUGUCGAAGGCCUGUUAUUCACAGAGAUGUCAAGUCAUCAAACAUUCUUCUCAACGAUGAUUUUGAACCACAGCUAUCCGAUUUUGGGUUAGCGCUAUGGGGACCCACAAAGGCGUCGUUCUUGACUCAUAGGGAUGUGGUAGGAACAUUUGGUUAUCUAGCACCAGAGUAUUUUAUGUAUGGGAAAGUUAGCGAUAAGAUUGAUGUAUACUCCUUUGGAGUGGUUUUGCUGGAACUAUUAUCUGGGAGAAAAGCUAUUGGCUUUGAGAUUCCCAGUGGUCAAGAAAGUUUGGUUAUGUGGGCGAAACCUAAGUUAGAAAGCAGGAAUUUCAAUGCCAUUCUGGAUGAGAACUUGAAUGUAAAUAUUGAAGAUGAUCAAGUCCAAAGAAUGAUUCUUGCAGCAAGACUCUGUCUUACACAGGCAGCACGACUACGUCCUAACAUAAGCCAGAUCCUAAAGAUGUUGAAGGGGGAGAAAGAUGGGAAUGAAGAAGCAAUUGCUAGAAACAACAAUACAGAAGAAUAUAAUGAUGAUGAAGUAUAUCCAGAUUCAAGUGCAGAGUCUCAUUUAAGUCUUGCAUUUCUUGAUGUUAAUUAUGAUAAUUCGACAUGUUUCAGCAGUAGUCAAGACCAAAGCAGUCCUCUUUCUUCAGUAGAUGAAUAUUUGAGAAAAAGAUGGAGUAGAUCAUCAAGCUCUGAAUAUUAGUAGCUUUUAAUUAAUUUACAAUGUGAUU